AUGCCUUCCCCGCUUGCAGACCCCGUCAAGCUGCCAUGUGGACUUGUUCUACCGAACAGAUUGAGCAAGGCCGCCAUGGCCGAGAUGUUGGCCAAGAAAAACCACCCAACAGACCCUCUCCUCGACGCUUACACUCAAUGGUCUGAGGGCGGAUGGGGUAGUAUCCUAACAGGAAACGUCCAAGUCGACGUCAAUCAUAUGGGCAGUCCCUUCGACCCAGCCCUACACACAGAAUACAAAGACGCAACCACCGACAGUGCGCUAGUCUCUUCAUGGAAGAAAUACGCCGACGCAGCCCAGAAACACGGCACACCAGCCAUCGUGCAGAUCUGUCACCCGGGACGACAGUCUUUCCGCGUUUCUGGGUACCGCGGUAUGUUUGCGCAGACUCUGGCACCUUCUGUUGUGCCGAUUAAGAUCGGGGAUGGAUUGAUUGAAAGGAUUCUUGCCAGUUUGGUUUGGUCGCAGCCGAAGGAGAUGACGAAUGCCGAUAUUGAACGGGUUAUUCGGCAGUUUGUUGAUACUGCGCGUCUUAUGGCUGAUGCUGGUUUUUCGGGGGUUGAGUUGCAUGGUGCCCAUGGGUAUUUGAUUGAUCAAUUCCUCAACAGCAAGACAAACCUCCGAACAGACGCCUACGGCGGCACGCCCGCAAAACGCGCCAAAUUCGUCCUAGACAUCUUAACCGAAACACGCAAAGUCGUCCCCGCAACAUUCUGCAUCGGCAUAAAACUGAACUCAGCCGACCACAGCUCAACAACCUUCGAAGAAACAAUGACACAAAUCGGCCUACUAGCAGAAGCCGGAAUCGACUUCAUGGAAAUAAGCGGCGGAACCUACGAAGACCCCAAGAUGAUGGGAUACGCCAAAACAGACGCAGCAACGACCGAACUGCCGAAGUCGGCCCGUACAGCGGCACGCGAGGCUUUCUUCCUUGAAUUCUCUAAGGAAGUACGCAAACGUCACCCGGACCUUGUGCUUAUGUUGACUGGUGGAUUCCGGACGCGGGCUGGUGCUGAGUCGGCUAUUCUUGAUGAGGCUUGUGAUCUCGUGGGCAUUGGACGGCCGGCGGCUAUUGAUCCGAAGUUCCCUUUGCUUCUGUUGGAUGAGAGCAUUGCGGAGGGGGAUGCUGGGAUGCAGUUGAAUAAGGCGCCUGUUCCUUGGUACACGCGCUUUUUGCCGUUGCAUCUUGUUGGGGCUGGGGCUGAGAGUACUUAUUAUGCUGAUCAGAUUCAGCGCUUGGCUAAGGGUCUUGCUACUAUCGUGCCACCCUUGUAG